UAAGAAAGUUGAAGAAAAUGAAGAUGUUUAACAAUGAAAAUCAAAGAAGCUGUAAAGAAAGUAGCGGAUACAACCACAUCAAAUAUCCCGUCACGCUCGAAUGUCUGGUCGCAUGUCUCAUCACGCUUAUCCUCACCACACGUCUCAUCAUCACAAUCUGGAAACUUAACUUGCAUCUAUUGUAACGGUUUCCACUGGGUAGCUUACUGCGAUAAAAUCCCUCCAGAGUUUAAAGGUCACUGUGUUGUUAAAUGCUGGUCCAGCAAAUCUUACAAAGUGAAACUUGUAAAGUUAACGCCAGAAAGGAGCCAUGGCUUUAAAAAUAAAUUUUUUUUUAUUUUUAUUUUUGUCCAAUUGGGGUUGGACGUGUCUGAUUGGGGUCAGACUUUUUUUUCAUAUUUUUUUUUAUAUUUUUUUAUAUUUUUUAUUCUUUUUGUCCAAUGGGGUUUGGACGUGUCUGAUUGGGAGGGGUCAGACUUUUUUUUUAUAAUUAUUUUAUAAUUUUU